AGUCUGCUCCAGUGUGCCUUGCAGGAAGAAGCUCAGUUCUACAGAAGGACACCAGGGGAGUCUUCAGACAACAACAUGGCAAAACUCCUUAUAGCUCUGGGCAUACUAUGUGUUAUACACAUCGGUUCAGCCAAUAAGCUGGUGUGCCAAAUGACCAACUGGGCCCAGUACAGACCAAGUGCUGGCAAAUUCACACCAGACAACAUCGAUCCCUUCCUGUGCACCCAUGUCAUCUAUGCUCUGGCCACCAUUAACAGCUUCAACCAGAUCAUCCCCGUUGAGCAGAAUGAUGAGGAGCUGUACAGCAGCCUCAACAGCCUCAAGAAUGUCAACCCUGCACUGAAGACUCUGCUGACUGUUGGAGGAACAGUUAAUGGAGUGAGCCCAUUCAUUGCUAUGGUUGCCACUUCUGAGAAUCGUGCACUCUUUAUCAAGUCUGCCAUCAAUUUCCUGCAUGCCCAUAACUUUGAUGGGAUAAAUCUGGACUGGGAAUAUCCUGGACACAAUGGUAGCCCAGAAGGGGACAAGGAGAAGUUCACUCUGUUGGUCACGGAGCUUGUAAAAGCAUUUGAGGCUGAUGCCAUAGAAAACAAGAGAACUCAACUGCUGCUAUCAGCCAAUGUUGCUGCAUUUCCUCAGACCGUUGAUAGAGCAUAUGAGGUCGCCAAGAUUGCACCACACUUUGACUUUAUCAACAUCAUGACCUAUGACUACCACGGUUCCUGGGAUCCAGUAACUGGACACAACAGCCCACUGUAUGAGAGCGCUGUGGACUCUGGCGUACAACUUCAUUACAACAUAAACUCUUCUAUAGCCUACUGGGUAUCUCUGGGAGCACCAUCUGAAAAGCUGCUGCUAGGUUUCCCUACUUAUGGAAGGACCUUCCGUCUUAGCAGUGGGGCAAAUGGCCUGGGAGCACCAGCCAAUGGGCCCGCAGAUGCUGGACCCUACACUCGCACUGAAGGUUUCUGGGCCUUCUAUGAGAUCUGUGACUUCACUAAUACUGCUACUCUUGGAUGGAUCUCUGAGCAAGAGGUUCCAUAUGCCACCUAUGGCAGUUCCUGGCUGGGCUAUGAUGACCAGCGCAGCUAUUCUUCCAAGGUCCAGUGGCUGACUGCCCACAAUUUGGGAGGUGCUCAUGUGUGGACUAUGGAUAUGGAUGACUUCAGUGGAUCUUUCUGCUCAGCUGGAGCUUAUCCUCUCAUCAACCACCUCAGGAUUUCAAUGGGCUUCGGUCCAAAGCCUACCACUACUCCACGCCCUACAACAACUAAGGACCCUGCUGCUGACUUCUGCUUUGGCCGUCCUGAUGGGUUGUAUGAAAACCUGGCUGACAAAACCACCUACUUCCAGUGCUUCCAGGGAAACACCUACCUGCACCAUUGCCAGCCUGGUCUCAUCUACUGGGACUCCUGCAAGUGCUGCAACUGGCCCUGAGCCACAGAAGCAUGAGUUAAAGAACAAAAGUUCAACAAUACAGAACACAGUCAAUUAUGGUUCAGUAAACUCUUGUCACAACUUACACUGAUAAACAUCAUUGUCCUGAGUUAGAACAGGAACAGAAAGUAAACCAACAAGAUAUUACUUUUUGCAUUUGACUCAAUGUUUUCUUGACAAAAAUAAACUAAAUCGAUUAAUAAC